AUGGCGCCCUCAGCCACGAACACGGAGUGGGAUCACCAAUUCCACACUCUGCGUCGCCAGGACCUCUUUCGCAAUCCUCCGAAGGAUCACUCCGCCUAUCCCGCUCUUCAGCUGGCAGUCAACCCUCACAUCGAGUCCUUCAACGCCAUCUUCCGCGGAGAUGGAAAGCCCGGUCUUCUUGCACACGGCCUGGCGGACAUUGGCACAAAAGUUUUCCUUGAUGGCAACGACCGCGCUGCGCCGGAAAGCAGAAACAAGCUCUACAUUCGGAUCAAGGAGGUUACGCUGCAGAAGCCUCAGGUGCCGCCAUCCAACAAGCUCGCCGUAAAUCGAGAUAUCUACCCUGCCGAGUGCAGAGAGAGGCACGCCACAUACAGGGGAAAGCUCUCCGCCACUUUCGAGUACAGCAUCAAUGGAGGCGAUGCCAUUGAAUUUACUAGGGAGCUUGGCCAGGUCCCCAUUAUGAUCAAGUCAAAUAGGUGCCACCUCGAGGGUAACUCGCCAGCUCUGCUGGUCUCGCGCAAAGAAGAGUCGGAGGAGCUUGGCGGAUACUUCAUCGUCAACGGAAACGAAAAGAUUAUCCGUUUGCUGCAGGUGAACAAGCGAAACUUCCCGAUGGCUAUCAACCGUCCGAGCUUCACGAACCGAGGUGCGGGAUACACCACAUACGGUAUCAUUCUCCGAUCAGUGCGACCCGACGAGACGUCCCAGACAAACGUAUUGCACUAUUUGAAGGACGGAAACGUUACGUUCCGAUUCUCUUGGCGCAAGAACGAGUACCUGAUUCCCGUCAUCAUGAUCCUAAAGGCUCUGGUGGAGACCAACGACCGAGAAAUCUUCGAGGGCCUGAUUGGACCCAUGGGCUCCAAAGCCGCGUCAAAUACUUUCCUCACAGACCGAGUGGAGCUCCUGUUGAGAACAUACAAAGCCUACCGCCUCUACAGCAAGUCGGAAACCCGGGCUUACCUGGGUCAGAAAUUCAGAGUGGUGUUGGGUGUUCCGGAAACCAUGUCCGACUACGAGGUCGGAACCGAGUUCCUGCGGAGGAUUGUCUGCGUGCACCUGGGCAACGUCAAUGUCACAGAGAAGCAAGAUCUCGACAAGUUCCACCUGGUUCUGUUCAUGAUCCGGAAGCUGUACGCCCUGGCCGCUGGCGAGUGCGCUGUUGAUAACCCUGAUGCGAUCCAGAACCAGGAAAUCCUCCUCGGCGGAUUUCUCUACGCGCAGAUUCUGAAGGAGAGGCUGGAUGAGUUCCUUGGAACAAGCGUUCGCGCCGCUCUCCGGGACUAUCUGCGAAGACACCCCGCGGUCAACUUCACGUCGGAAGAGUUUCGAAAGGAGUUUCCGGGUGGCAUCUUUAGGAAAUCCAAUGAAAACAUUGCCAACGGCCUCGAGUACUUCCUGUCCACCGGCAACCUGGUCAGUGCCUCCGGCCUUGAUCUCCAGCAAACAGCAGGCUUCACUGUGGUGGCAGAGAAGCUCAACUUUUUGCGUUUCAUCAGCCACUUCCGAAUGGUUCACCGUGGUGCCUUCUUCGCCCAGCUCAAGACGACUGCCGUGCGUAAACUGCUUCCGGAGUCCUGGGGCUUCAUGUGCCCUGUCCACACCCCCGAUGGUUCGCCCUGUGGUCUGCUGAACCACUUUGCGCACAAGUGCAAGGUGAUGACCGACUACGUUGACGUUUCCAGCAUCCCUGCGCUGGUCGCCGAGCUAGGUGCUGUCGAGACGUCGUCCGCGUCUACCGAUGAGAGCGUUGUCGUCAUGCUGGAUGGCAAGAUCCUCGGAUGGUGCACUCCGAAGGAGUCGCUUCGUAUUGGAGAUUGUUUGAGAUACUGGAAGGUCGAGGGCUCGCACAACGUGCCCCUCGAGCUCGAGGUUGGAUACGUGCCUCCAUCACACGGCGGCUCAUACCCAGGUCUCUACCUGACAUCUACCCCGUCUCGAAUGGUUCGGCCGGUCAAGUACCUGCCUCUGCAGAAGGAGGACUACGUUGGCCCUCACGAGCAGCCUUACAUGUCGAUCGCCGUCGUUCCGCAGGAGAUUGAGUCUGGCGUGUCAACGCACGUCGAGUUUGACCCGACCAACAUGCUCUCUAUCUUGGCCAACAUGACCCCAUUCUCCGAUUUCAACCAGUCCCCCCGAAACAUGUACCAGUGUCAGAUGGGUAAGCAAACCAUGGGAACGCCCGGCACGGCCAUUCGUCACCGAACAGACAACAAGUCGUACAGGAUACAAACGGGCCAAACUCCCAUUGUCCGCGCCCCUCUCCACAACACCUACGGCUUCGACAACUUCCCCAACGGCAUGAACGCCGUCGUUGCCGUCAUCUCAUACACCGGUUACGACAUGGACGAUGCUAUGAUCAUCAACAAGUCCGCUCACGAGAGAGGCUUUGGCCAUGGUACGGUGUACAAGACGAAGAAGAUUACGCUCAAGGACGAUUCGAGGACCAGGGCUGCCAAGAGCGUCGUCAAGAUGUUUGGCUUCGCCCCGCACAGCUUCGUCAGCGCGUCGCACCAGGCCAUGCUUGACGACGAUGGUCUGCCGCACGUCGGCCGGAUGGUCCAGGAGGGCGAUGUCCUGUGCGCGUAUCACACCGUCACCCCCGAUUACAAUGGGAACCUGGUCAACCUGGACGGCAUCACGCACUACGAGAAGUACAAAGAUUCCGAGAUUGGCUUCAUCGAAGAGGUCCGACUGAUUGGCGCCGAGUCUGGAUCCGAGCCCCUGCAGACCAUCUCCAUCAAGAUCCGCAUACCUCGUUCUCCCGUCAUCGGUGACAAGUUCUCGUCUCGACACGGACAGAAGGGUGUCUUGUCACAGAAGUGGCCGGCCGUGGACAUGCCCUUCUCCGAGACGGGCAUUCAGCCAGAUGCGGGUGCUCUCCACGGACUGGCGCAGGAUUCUACCCCCUUCAGGUUUGACGAGGAGAACACGGCGGCAGACUACUUUGGGCACCAGCUCAUGAAGGCCGGAUUCAACUACCACGGAAACGAGCCCAUGUACUCUGGCAUCACCGGAGAGGAACUCGGAGCCGACAUCUACAUUGGUGUUGUCUACUACCAGCGACUGCGUCACAUGGUCAACGACAAGUACCAGGUGCGAACAACCGGUCCGGUGGUUCCCACGACAGGCCAGCCCAUCAAGGGCAGAAAGCGCGGUGGUGGUAUCCGUGUGGGUGAAAUGGAGCGUGACGCCCUGUUGGCGCACGGCACAGCCUUCUUGCUGCAAGACAGACUGCUCAACUGCUCAGACUACACACGGUCAUGGAUCUGCCGUCGCUGCGGCUCGUUCUUGUCCGUGCAGCCCGUGGUAUCCCAGUUUGCGCCGGGAAAGAAGAAGGCCCCCAGCAUGGUUCGCUGCCGCAACUGUGCCGUCAAGCUCGACGACAGCGAGGGCAUCGACCUGACGGAGAUCCAGGGCGAGAUUUGGGAAGACGGACAGGGCCACUGCUGGGUCGGUGGCGACGAGACGACGCAGGUUGUGGUUCCUGGUGCGCUCAAGUUCUUGGACGUGGAGCUGGCGGCCAUGGGCGUCAAGCUGAAGUACAGGAUUGACAAGUCGGACGAGCCUCGCAAGGGGCCGAUGAAGCCGCUGAAGCAGAUCACGGCUGCCGCUUAGUUGGCUUGCGGGUGGAGGAGGAAGCGAUGAUAUUGGAUGGGACUCAAAAUGGGGUUGUAUAUAGAUGAGGUUGUUGGCUGCAAUGGGUGUUAACUGCAUAUCUGGGCAAUUUUAUCAAGAAUUCACUGUGUAAAGAGC